GAGGAGCGGAGGAAGACAUCAGUCUAAAUAUCACUCUGAACAAACCGACUGCUUUUGGUUUAUUUAAUUUAUCGACUUAUUUUCCGUUUUUUUAAACUUUAAUUUGAAUUUAAAGGAAUUAAAAUCGUAUAAUCCACUCUUUGGGAGCAGGAGUUUGUGUUUUUACGCCGCUGAUGGUGAACUUUGGACUUUCCUACUUUUCUUUCUUUAUUUAUUUUAUUGCUAACAUGUGGGAGGAAGGCGCAGGGAAUUAGAGAGUGAUUUGCCCGGAGCUGAGGGCUGCUGGGCAGGGGGGACACAGGACACACACACACACACACACGUACGGGAGGCUGGAGGAAGUUAUAAAGUUGUUGGUGAUUUUACACACAGAGGACCAACAUGUCUGCCAAAGCUGCCUCAAAUAAGAGUGCAGCGAUGGAGGAAACGGUUAUAUGGGAGCAGCAUACGGUGACUCUUCACAGGGCUCCGGGGUUUGGGUUCGGUAUCGCCAUCUCAGGGGGACGAGACAACCCGCACUUUCAGAGCGGAGAGACCUCCAUCGUCAUCUCCGACGUGCUGAAAGGAGGACCUGCCGAGGGGCUUCUACAAGAGAAUGACCGAGUGGUGAUGGUGAACGCGGUCUCUAUGGAUAAUGUAGAACACGCCUACGCCGUACAGCAGCUCAGGAAGAGCGGGAAAAACGCCAAAAUAACCAUCCGGCGCAAGCGUAAAGUCCAGAUCCCAGCGUCUCGAGCGGGGGACAGGGAGACCAUGUCCGAGCGCGAGGAUGAUACCGAAGAAGAGGAGCUCGCGGGGCCGGGAGCCAGACCGGGUACAGGGACGAGCAAACGCAACGAUCGGAGCGCCAGCCUGGGACGGAGGGAACAGAGCGCGUCCCCGCGGUCCGACAGACGCUCGGUCACCUCCGCCGGCCCGCUACGCCCCUCCAAGGUCACGCUGGUCAAAUCACGUAAGAAUGAAGAAUACGGCCUGAGACUGGCCAGCCACAUCUUCGUGAAGGACAUCACCCCUGAAAGCCUGGCAGCUCGAGAUGGAAACAUACAGGAAGGAGACGUCGUGCUGAAGAUUAACGGCACCGUGACGGAGAACCUGUCCCUGACGGACGCUAAGAAACUGAUCGAGCGCUCGAAAGGCAAGCUGAAGAUGGUGGUGCAGCGAGACGAGAGAGCCACGCUCCUCAACGUUCCCGAUGUAGACGACAGCCUUCCCUCCGUCCAGUCCGAGCGAGACGAUAUUUCAGAAAUCCAUUCCCUCACGUCCGAUCAUUCCCACGAGCAGCUGCGUGGGAGUCUCUCACGCUCACCGGACAAGCGCUCCGAUCCAUCCGACAUCUCCGGCCAGUCGCCCCAACAGAUCAGCAACGGAAGCCACAGGAGUCAGAAUGAGGAGCGGAUCUCGAAGCCGCCGAUCGUCUCCAGUCCUGUGAAGAUGAUGGAGGACGCGCUGUUCGUCCCGGGUGUCGAGGACAUCGACAAACAGAUUCCUCCACUGCCAGAGCCGAAGCCCGUGUACGCUCAGCCUGGACAGCCGGACGUAGACCUCCCCGUCAGUCCCUCAGACGCCCCCGUCCCCAGCCCUGCACACGACGACGGCAUCCUGAGGCCCAGUAUGAAGCUGGUGAAGUUUAGGAAAGGUGAGAGUGUGGGUCUCAGGCUGGCGGGAGGGAACGACGUGGGGAUCUUUGUGGCUGGAGUUCUGGAGGACAGUCCUGCUGCUCGAGAGGGUCUGGAGGAGGGAGAUCAGAUCCUCAGGGUGAACAAUGUGGACUUUGCGAACAUUAUCCGUGAGGAAGCGGUGCUGUUUCUGCUGGAUCUGCCCCGAGGUGAAGAGGUCACCAUCCUCGCCCAGAGGAAGAAGGACGUGUACCGCCGGAUCGUGGAGUCCGACGUGGGCGACUCCUUCUACAUCCGCACCCAUUUCGAGUAUGAGAAAGAGUCUCCGUACGGCCUGAGCUUCCACAAGGGCGAGGUGUUCCGUGUGGUGGACACGCUUUACAACGGCAAACUGGGCUCCUGGCUCGCCAUCCGCAUCGGCAAGAACCACCAGGAGGUGGAGCGGGGCAUCAUCCCCAACAAGAACAGGGCCGAGCAGUUAUCCAGCGUCCAGUACACUCUCCCCAAAACCCCUGGCGGAGACCGCGCCGAUUUCUGGAGGUUCCGCGGACUCCGCAGCUCUAAGAGGAACCUGAGGAAGAGCCGAGAGGAUCUUUCAGCUCAGCCGGUGCAGACCAAAUUCCCUGCGUACGAAAGGGUCGUCCUGAGGGAAGCCGGGUUCCUGAGGCCUAUAGUGAUUUUCGGGCCCAUCGCCGACGUCGCUCGGGAGAAACUCGCCAGAGAGGUGCCUGAUCUGUUCGAGCUGGCCAAAACUCAGCGCCCUGGAGACGGGGAAAGAAGCGAGCCCCGGGACGCGGGAACGGACCAGCGCAGCUCCGGAAUCAUCCGCCUUCACACCAUCAAGCAGAUCAUCGAUAAGGAUAAACACGCUGUGCUCGACAUCACCCCUAACGCAGUGGACAGGCUGAACUACGCGCAGUGGUACCCCAUCGUGCUGUUCCUGAACCCCGACAGUAAGCAGGGAGUGAAGAACAUGAGGACGAGGCUGUGUCCCGAGUCCAGGAAGAGCGCUAGGAAGCUGUACGAGCGCGCCCUCAAACUGAGGAAGAACAACCUCCACCUCUUCACUGCUACCAUAAACAUGAACAACAUGAAUGACGGUUGGUACGGGGCGCUGAAGGACACGGUCCAGCAGCAGCAGAAUCAACUGGUCUGGGUUUCUGAGGGCAAGGCCGAUGGUGCGUCUGAAGAUGAUCUGGACCUUCAUGACGACCGCCUGUCGUACCUGUCAGCCCCGGGCAGCGAGUACAGCAUGUACAGCACGGACAGCCGGCACACGUCCGACUAUGAGGACACGGACACAGAGGGUGGAACCUACACCGACCACGAGCUGGACGAGCCUCUGAACGACGAGCCGCUGAACGACGACGGGGUCCCGCGCCAUGCCCCGGCCAUCAGCCGAUCCUCCGAGCCCGUCGUGGAGCAGCCCCCGCCCAACUACGGCGCGCUUGCGCGCAUCGAACCCGCCGCCUUCAAAAACACGCCCGUGCCGCACCAGAAAGCAGAGCCCGCUCUUCCCGAGACAGCGCCCCCCGCUGCCCACCUUAAUGUAGCACUUCUGAAUCCGGCGGAGGGCAGCGCCGGACCGGGGGCGGCCAUCUUGCCCCCGGCUCCCGAGCCCGGCCAAUCGGAGCACAAGACGUACCAGACCGAGAUCUACGGCGACAACCUGGGAUCACGCACCAGCCCCGGGUUAAAGCAGCCCUCUGUUUACAACUCCCAGCAGCCCGUUUACCAGGAAGAGCCAGCGUACAGGGAUUACGACCAACACCCCUACCGGUAUGAAGGUUCUUACGGCGACGCUCCCAAGUCCCGUAACUACGACUCGAACCUGCAGGACCAGUGGCCUGGAUACGACCGACAAGGCGACUACAGCCCCGCGCGGCCGCGCUAUGGGAAGCCGGGCCCUUCGCCCGUUCGUCACGACGAAGCCCCAUCCACUAUCCCACCCACACGUUACGAUCAGGAUCCCCUCCCCCCGCCUGCGUCUCGCUCCCCGCCUGCGUCUCGCUCCCCAGAACCGCCGAAACAAUAUUACGAGGCCGCGCCUCUCCCGAGGCCCACCCAGCCCAGAGGAUAUGCCAACUCCGAUACCCCGCCCCCUCCCAAACUCGAUCCUCUCCCAGCAGAGCCGGAGACAUUAAACAAGCCCCUCCCACCUCCCCCACCCGAGACGGGCGAAGACCCGGCAAUGAAGCCGCAGUCGGUGCUGACUCGGGUCAAGAUGUUUGAGAACAAGCGCUCUGUGUCGGUCGACCGCGCCAAGGAAAACACAGAAACCACGCUAAAGGCAGUAGACAUGGUUCCUAAACCAGGAGCCGCCUCCGUGCCUAAAGCCAACUCCCUGAACAGCCUCGAUCAAGAGAAGACCUUCAGAGCCCCUGAGCCACAGCAGCCUCAGUCGAGACCCAGCGAGAUCGUUCGGGCGAACCACUACGACCCUGAUGAGGACGAGGAGUACUACAGGAAGCAGCUGUCCUACUUCGAUCGCCGCAGCAUCGACACAAAGCCUCCCGUACAAACACAACCGCAAGCCGUAAACAAACCGACACAACCACAGAGCCAGGCGGGAAACGGCUACCCCAGGAGUGAGACACUGGACAAGGUCAGUCCUGUUCCCCAGGUAACCCCUGUGGCUCCGCCCCCUACUCUUCCCAAACCUGCUGCCCCGACUCCUCCUCCUUCAGAACCGCUCAGCUCUCCCAAAGUCAAGCCCCUGGGUCGCGAGGACACGGUGCAGACUUCCUUCCUGCCCCAGAAGAGCUUCCCCGAGAAAUCCGUGAACGGCACGGGCGCUCCUCCGCCCUCCUCCAGCUACACGCGCUACAACAUUCCCAAACCGUACACGUCCUCUGCGCGCCCCUUCGAGCGCAAAUUCGACACCCCCAAGUUUAACCACAACCUCCUGCCCAACGACACGACGGUCAAAGUGCCAUCAAGCAGCCCGGUCAAGGCUCCCACGCAGCCCGCGGAUCAGGACGGAGGGGUCGAUGCGUUAAACCGCGCGCCGAAAUACCAGAACAACAACAUCAACGCCGUGCCCAAGGCCAUCCCUGUCAGCCCGAGCGCUCUGGAGGAUGACGAUGAUGAAGAUACACACACGGUUGUAGCCACAGCACGAGGCAUCUUCAACUCAAACGGCGGGGUUUUGAGCUCCAUAGAGACGGGCGUGAGCAUCAUCAUACCCCAGGGGGCAAUUCCCGAGGGUGUCGAGCAGGAGAUCUAUUUCAAAGUGUGUCGGGACAACAGCAUUCUGCCCCCGCUCGACAAGGAGAAAGGUGAAACCCUGCUGAGCCCCCUGGUGAUGUGCGGUCCACACGGUCUGAAGUUCCUGAAGCCGGUGGAGCUGCGUCUCCCUCACUGUGCGUCUAUGACUCCUGAUGGUUGGUCUUUUGCUCUAAAAUCCUCCGACUCCUCGUCGGGUGACCCCAAGAACUGGCAGAAUAAAUCUCUUCCUGGAGAUCCAAACUACAUGGUUGGAGCGAACUGCGUGUCUGUGCUAAUCGACCACUUUUAAGGAGCCUGUUACUUCACACACAGACACACACGCACACACUCUUUUGCUCUCUCUCUCUCUCUCUCUCUCUCUCUCUCUCUCUCUCUCUGCCACUAGCGAAGUGAGCUCUUUAACAUUUCGGAAAUGAAACAAAUGAAGGAUGUCUAAUUUUUAUAAUUUAGUUAUUUUUAGACACAGAGACGGAAGACAGGACGGCAUCAUCUGGAGAAAUAUUUCUUUCUUUUUUUUCUCCUCUCUUUCUACUUUAUCUCCUCAUCGAUGUGAGCUGCUGUUAUAAACUCUCUCUCUCUCCAGUAUGCACGCUGCAGUAUUUAGACUGACUGUAAUAUAAAAAAAGAAGAUAAAGACUAAGAUGAAGCUUUAUUAGAUAUUUUUGUGAGGUGAAAAACACACGAAUUCAGAGUAGGUGUUGAGGGUUGAAAGGAAGUGUAGAAAAAAUUAAACACGUUGAACAGAAGUGAAGGAUUGAUACACACACACACACACACACACACACACACACACACAGGCAUUAGGCAUAGAGGAAGGAACUCGCACGUGAAAACCGAAGCACAGAGCGUUAACGUGAGCCGGUGCUGCGUCUGCUGCUCCCCAAAAAUCUCCUCCAACACCACACAAGUGUAGCACAAACCUCCCUACGCUGUGAAGAUCUAUGCACGUCAGACUCAGGACUCCUGCUAUCUCACUCUCUCUUUCUCUUCUCCACACACACACACACACACACACACACUGCUAAAACAGUGAUGCCUUAUUCAACUUUCCUCAACUUUGUCUGUUUUUUUUUUUUUUCCUAAAUUAUAUACGAUAAAAGCUACAAAAUAAAGUUCUGACACACACACACACACACACGCAGAGCUCGGCGUACCUGCUAUGCACAUGAUUCCAACACGACAAAGACUUUGUACAUAAAGCUAACAUGGCCUUUGUUCUUGGUUUGUAAAUGACUUUUUUUUUAUGUCUUUAUCGUUUUGUAAGAAAAUAAAAAAUUUAGGCAGGCAAAAAAAUAAAUAAAUAAACAAAUUAAAUAAAUAAAUGCAAUGAAAAUGUUUAUAUUCCAGGUUCCAGGACAAAAUUGUGACUUAAUAGUAAUAUUAAUAUUAAUGUUUCUCAUUAAAAAAAAAAAACACACAAAACAAAAAAAUUUAUCAACACUAAAGUCUAAACUUUUUUUUUUUAUUAACGGUUGCUCGAUCUUUUUAUUUUGAAACCAAGAGGAAAGUGCUCAGACUCUUCUGAUCAGCGUGUUUCUCUGCUCCUACUCAUUUAUUUUUAACGCUGUUUACGUGCCCUGAAUUGUAUUUUUUUACUAAUAGAUGAUUUAUUGUUGUUGUUUAUUAUUAUUAUUAUUAUGGCACACCAGUAAGAUUUCCUUCUUUCCCUUCUGUCAAAUAACAUGGCUUCAUCUAAACAUUAGUUCUUCACACAUGUGACCUUUUUCUUCUUUUCAAUACAGGUAUGCCAAUAUAUCAGUUAAUAAAAUCAUUUUUAAAAUA